AUGAGGUCUCAUCUAGAAUACUGGAUACAGGUGAGAAACCAGACCAUUACAGAGUUCUUCAAACCAGUUUUAAACCAAGACCCUGGCCGUAAAGACAGAACUGUGUUGUGUUCACCAGACAGAGGAAAUGUAAAAGAUGCAGGAAUUGGACUGUCAGUUUUAUGUACUGAACAUUUUGAAAGGAAAGUAUCUUCUCCAAAGAAGGUCAGAAGAAAAAAGAUGCCAGACCAGACACCAAAUACAAGUCCUUUGGUAGAUGCCUUUCGGAGAGGAGUUAAAGAGAAAAAAGAUAGUGUAAACAUUUUAGAGAAUGGCAGAGCAUGCAAGGCACUGGGUUCAUUGUACCCAAAAGUUGUAAUUCAAAAACUCCUUAUUACCGCAGGGUCUCGCAGCUGUUUCUCUGCCAAAAAGGAUAAAACUGUCAAGUCAGAACAGGGAAGAAAUGAGAAGUGUCUGGGUGUAACAAGAGCACCAUUGUCUUGUGGAAAUAGUUGGGAACAGAAAACUGACUGUAUGGAUCUAGAAGACACUAGUUCAGACUCUGACAAAUGGGUUUCAUCAUCAGACACCGAUAGUCAAAAAGUCUGCGUUAGAAACAAUGGCACUUCAAACAACACAUCUCUGUGCCAAAACCCAGGUCUUCCCAUGAAAUUGCCCUGUGCUUCAUCUGACCCUAAAUUUAGGUUGUCACUGGAAGCUCUCUGCAGAGAAAGGAAGCGAAAGAAACAUAGAAUGAAAGAAUCUAAGCCACAUCCUGUAAAGCCAUUCUCAGGAACAAGUGUAUCACAUCAGGGAAAUGGAUGUCCUUUAAGAAAAAUACCACAUUCUGGUUCAAGGGAGGAUGCCUUAGAUGACCCAUCUCAACCAAAGCCAAAGCAGGUUUCAAAACAUGAGGCAUCUUCUCCAAAUGUACUGCGGACAUCAUCUGAGAUGGCCACUGGUAGGCGGAAGAGCCAUUCUGUUGCUUCACACUGCCUUACAUCUAAGAUGUCUUCUGGGCAAUCCAAAGAAAUAGACUUUCCUGGGAAAAGAAAACGUGCUGCCAUGAGUGUGGAUGAAGACAGUUCAAAUCAAUCUGAAGUAUCAAGUUUGAAUGACCCUGCUUUUAGUAGAUCAUCUGCAAAAUGCAAAAAUAGAAGGUCUGACUUUGUAAAAAAUAUCCUUUUAAAGUCUACUUGUGGUGAUGUUCUGCAACUAAUGGAGGCUGCUGCUCUACCUAGGCAUGACCUUACUCUUCCAGAGGAAUACCUCAACUCAAGUGAUGAAAAUGAGGAAAGUAAAUGCUCCUCUGUAGGUUUGUCAUCCUCAUAUUCUGCACACAGUCCUGGUAAAAAUCACAUUUCUGUUGUGGAUACCAAAGAGAAUCAGUUGCAGGUGGCUAACUCAUGGUAUUUCAUGGACAAGUCCCUUCCUUUUUCUCAGGAAAAAAGUACUGUGUUGCCUUCUCUCCACCACUUAACACAAACAAAAGGUGUGGAAUCUCAUCUCCAGAACAGUGGCUUAUCUCAGGUGUUGGAUGCUAAGAAGGAGCAAAACGGGAAAAGACCAGAAAGAUGUGCACGCAAUAAAUCUUACAGUAUUCAGUCCAGCAAAAGUUUUUCAAAAACAAAAGACAAGACUUCAGAAAAUGCUUCUGAUUCUGGUUCAGUAGAAGGUUCUGAGAAACUUGCACUCUCAGAAGAGACUGGUAAAAGUGUUCCCUGUUCAUUGUCUUUUGAAGAAGGGUGCAUGAACAGCAGCCAUAUGUCUUCACAACUCUCAGGAGAGUUAAAAUUUGAGAGCGCCUGUACAGACAAGUCCAAGUUGAAUGGAAAAUCAAAAAGCAGCUUCGAUAGUGGAGAUGAGAGUUUGGAAUGCAGUCUAGAUGAUGAUGAUGAUGAAGAGGAAGUAGUAUUCAUGCCACUGCAAGAAAUUCUCUCUUCGAGUCCCAAGCCACAGGCAGGAGCCCUGGAAGACUCUUGUCUUGACAGUUUUUCUCAGGACACCGUGACUUCAUUACUGAAUCUUCAUGGUUUCAACAGUCGUUUUAGACCUACUAACCAGACAGGAAAUAAGCUUUCUAAGCCUCCCGUUGUUAGCCAGGUGUCAUAUGUGAACAGCUUAGAACAUCUUUUGAAGGAGAAAGAGGAAUCUAAAAGGGUAGAUGAACUAGAAAAGCAGUUACAGGAAGACAUACAAGGAAGGGAAACUGAUUCUUCAGAUGGAGAGGAUGAGGAUAAUGCCAGUGGAGAUGAAGAUCUCUCAGAGGAACACAGGGCAUUUAUAAAGAGAUUUUCAGUAAUAGCUCAUGCCAUACCUGACUACCACCCUGGAGAAGAUAUAUUUGAUUUAUCAGCUUCUGGGAAAAUCUUCAAUCAACAUAACCUUGACUUGAGGAAUUUUCACUUGAUACCUCAAAAUCCUAUAGAAAAGCUCCUUCUUAAUUCUGGUGUAACACAGCAGCUUUCUUUGGCUAUUAAUGGUUUUCUAAGUUCUGCUUACAGUUGUAUCUUGUGUCCAGUACCAAUUCUAAAGUGGCUUUUCCAGAUGAUGUCUGUUCAUCCUGACUAUUGUGUUUCCACCCAGAUUUUAGACAGAUUGAUGGAGAUAACACUAAAAAAUGCUUCCAUCAGUGAUGAACAGUCUAAACCAUGGAUUCCUUCACUAGCUGAUGUGUCAGCUGUUUUUGUCAAUAUGGGUGUUGCGUUUAGAUCUCUCUUUCCAUUGCAGCAUCUUCAGCCCAACUUUAACGAGUGUGAUAUUUUAAAUCAGAUGCAAGAAACAGUGGGUAAACAACAGCCAAGAGAAGACCUAACUUCUGCCACUCCAGCCUUCUCCAGUCUAGCAGAAAACAAUUUAAUUAAUGUGAUUAAGUUUCUAGGUUUCUGUACAACAGUAAUUCAAGGUGGAUAUACUGAUCAAGAAAUACUGCUGCUGCUUCUAUUGCUAUUUAAAAUAAGCUUGGAGAAACAGUUAAAGCAAAUCCCCUUGAUAGAUUUUCAGUGCCUUUUCAUAAAGCUUCUGAUAAGUAUAAAAGACUGGGAUACAAAGAUGCCUGAGCUCUGCCUGGCAGUGAGUGAGCUCUCCAGUUAUCACCAUAACCUCCUGUGGCUAGUUCAGCUGGUGCCUAGCUGGAUAAUACGUGGACGGGAAGUAAGAAGACGUCUUAGCCUAGUGAUAAUUUCAAAGCUUCUUAAUAAAAAGCAUCUAGAAAUACCUGAUGACAGUGACAAGCAGAUUGUUCUUCUGCAUCAGUUUCUGGUGUACAUGAAACCUUCUAAUCUACUAAAGAAGAUGAGAGGAGGACUGGAGCAGCAGAAUGCUGAUGGAGACCACCUUCAUACAAAACUAGAACAGGAGGCAUACUACCUAAUCUACAUCCUCCUUCAUCUAGUCAGUGAAGCUACUUUCUUUGAUGUUGUAAAUUCUAACCAAAGGCAACACUUACUGAAGCUUUGUGGUGCCUUAGAUAAGCAUGUAAAAUGUGAUAUUAGGGAAGAUGCAAGACUGUUUUAUCGAACUAAGGUGAAAGACCUAAUUGCUAGGAUAUAUGGCAAAUGGCAAGAUAUGAUACAAACCACUCGGCCUACUCAGGGAAAACUGCAUGACUUCUGGGAGCCAGAUUCAUGA